GGAACCCGCUGCACCUCACUCUAUCACAGUCUCUGACUAUGCCUUCAGAAGAGCAUUGCACUGUGUGCUGUGCUCCCUCGUCAGUGAGCCCGUAGCGACCAGCUCAGGCUGUUACUUCUGAUGUGCGUCUGGAGUCCAGGCUGUCCUGGGAUUUCAGCCUUUCAGGAUUCAGGGAGUCGAUGCUCAAGCCGCUGCUCCAGUUUUAAUUAGCAUGGAUUUCACCGCGGCAGCAGCCGGAGUCGACGUCUUCUCAGCCAUCUACACCGUUUCGGCGAGAAGGAAUUUACUGCUAUCAUCCAUAUCCAGCUGCGUGGCAUUGUCGAUGUGAGCAUCCUGGAGAAGGAAGAAAAGGAAAGGUGAAGGAAAAUGCAGCAGUAGUCUGUACUUCAUGAGCUUGGGCAGCAGGUGGAGGGUGAGGGGGACAAGGACGCGGUGUCUGGAGCGCUGACUGCUAUCCCACAUCUAGAGGUGCUUCUAGUGGUGCUCUGACCCGCCAGAGGUGACCAUUCAGAGGGGUUUGGUCACUGGGAAUGUUUAUUUGUUGAUCUUCUAUAUUUUUCGCGCCGCUGCAGCUCUCGCUCCCCUACUCUCUCCCGCCCUCUCCUCCAACUAUAUGGAAACAAGAGAGUGCUGGAUUCUGUAUCUCCCUCCAUCAGCUUGGAUCUUUCCUUCUGAAUGAAAUGAUCUUGUUUCCUGUGGGGAGGUCUCUUAUCUCUUCCUCUGCAGUGUGGGGGCUUUCGUCUUAUUGGGUAUUAGUCUUAGCUGCCCCCUCCCCACUCUGUUGUGUCAUGCUUUAAUUUCAUACUGGAAAUGUAUAUUGUGGAUUCAGCAUUGUGUCAUCAACAUGCUUUUUGAUAGACAUCUUGGUGCCUAGAGGCUGACCUUUUGGAAGAUAUUUUCUUGGGAUGAUUGCACACCACUCCUUGGUAUUUAGUCCUCAGUUCAACAUACAUUUCAACGUAUCUCAACAUGUUGUGAACAAACAGAAAUAGGAUUCUCACUCUGGGAUUUCAUCGUCAGACACAAUAGCUGGAUUUUGUCUUUGUUUCACUUCCUCRGCAGUGGUUUUCCCCUCCAACCAUUACUAAGGAGAGAUCUGGUCAUAUCUUUAACAUUACCCAGUCCCUAGGAUUAUGGAGGGAACAGGCUUGGCGGCCCACUGAGAUGACCUGUCUUCGUGGGGUGGGACCGAGGGAGGCCCUGGGGGGCCCCUGUGCCCAUCUGGAGGUUAUGGCGGUGGGGAGCAGACUCCCAGCAGGGGGCCCUGAGCUGGGCCAGGGGUCAGGCUGGAGAAGCCUGGGCCUAAGCUGCUGGUGGAGGCUGGCCUUGUCGUUGGCCUUGCUGGCUGCACUCCCCAUCCAGGCAGGGACUGCUCGCGUGUCUUCCAGCCUAAGCACCACGCACCAUGUCCACCAUUUCCACAAUAAGCACGGCACGGUACCUAUCGCCAUCAACAGGAUGCCUUUCCUCACCCGAGGAGGCCAUGCUGGGACCACAUAUAUCUUUGGGAGAGGAGGGGCCCUCAUCACGUACACCUGGGCCCCCAACGAGCGGCCGAGCACCAGAGCAGACCGGCUAGCUGUGGGCUUCAGUACUCAGCAGAAAGACGCCAUCUUGGUCCGAGUGGAGAGCACCAGCGGACUGGGAGACUACCUGCAGCUACACAUAGAACAAGGAAAGAUUGGUGUGAUCUUCAACGUGGGGACAGACGACAUCACCAUUGACGAGCCGGCUGUCAUAGUUAGCGAUGGCAAGUACCAUGUUGUGCGCUUCACACGCAGUGGUGGCAACGCCACCCUCCAGGUGGACAACCAGCCGGUCGAGCGCUACCCACCAGGGAACUUUGAUAAUGAGCGCCUGGCUAUUGCUAGACAAAGAAUCCCAUACCGACUUGGUCGGGUAGUUGACGAGUGGCUACUCGACAAAGGACGACAGCUGACCAUCUUCAACAGCCAGGCAGCGAUAAAGAUCGGGGGUCAGGAUAAGGGCCGGCCGUUCCAGGGCCAGAUCUCUGGCCUCUACUAUAAUGGCCUGCAGGUGCUGACGCUGGCGGCAGAGAGUGACCCCAGUGUCCAGGCUGAGGGGAACCUGAGGCUUGUGGGAGACUCCCUGUCUGUGCUGACCACUGAGACCACCUCCACCACCCCACUGGCAGCCUCCGACAUGUCCACCACCAUCAUGGAGACCACCACCACCAUGGCCACCACCACCACCCGCAGGCAACGCUCACCCAGCAUGAGAGAGAGCAUCUCCCAGUCUCAGAACUCGGAUGACAUCUUGGUGGCUUCUGCUGAGUGUCCCAGUGAUGACGAGGACCUGGAGGAGUGUGAGCCUGGAACAGGAGGUGAAUUAGUGUUGCCUAUAAUAACAGUGGAUUCCCUUGAGCCCCCAUCCAUCGCCACCCAUUACCCUGCUAUCCCCCCUCCUCCCACCUCCCUGUCCCCACUUGAGACCACCAAAGAGUCCCUGAUGCUGUCCAACCCUCACCCUCCCUGCCCCCCGGAUCAGGAGGACUGCGGUGACCCUGUGGAGGUCUCGGCCUUCGGUUCUGGGGAGAUGACGGAAUCAGAUGAUGAGGACUUUUACAAAAACUCCCCUCUGGUCACUGACAGGACAGUCCUGCCUCCUCCUCCCCCCGCCGCUGGUGAGGGCCGGGCCCAGAAACCCCAUAAUCCCCGCCCCCCUCCUUCUGCUCCCACCACCAACCCUGACCAGCUCCACAUCCCCGCGGGCAAAAUGAACACCCGUGACCAGGUGCUUCUGCCCCCUGCCCCUCCGUCAUCCCGGUAUACACCUGGACUAACUUACCCCCCCAAUUUCCCCCAUGUGCCCACAGCCGACCCUACAGCCCCCGGUGAGAAGGUCAUGCACCCCGGCCUGGUGGAUAGGAUCGGGGAGUCCAGUAGCACCACAGGGAUGGUGGUUGGCAUUGUGGCAGCUGCUGCCCUCUGCAUUCUCAUCCUCCUCUACGCCAUGUACAAGUACCGCAACCGUGACGAGAGCUCCUACCAGACGGACCAGGGACACAACUUCAUCAGCAACCCAGUUUCCGAGGGCAAUGGGGCCAUGGUCAAGCUAGAGAAGACACCAAGCACAACCACGGCUGCAGUAGCUAAGACAGUAACCAAGGGCAAGAAGAACAAAGACAAAGAGUAUUAUGUCUAAGAGAGGGAUGGAUAGAGAAGGAGAGAGCGAGAGAGAUAGGCUAGAGCAGGGUUUCCCAACUCCAGUCCUCGA